GGAAGUCAGAUUUUCUUUUUCAUCAUAACAUGCACUAAAGCUUGACCCUCCAUAUUUGUACGUCAUUUCAUAUUUAUUUUCCCACAAUAGAGCCUGGGAAAGCAGCGGGUUUUUUUAAGAUACUUUCAAGAUAUCACUCCGAGAUCUCAGAUAUCAGGUGCAGAAUGUCCUACGUGUUCAUCAGUGACUCCCUGCAGACCACGGUGCCUCUGCUGCAGGCCUGUAUCGACGGGGAUCUCGCUCACACCAAACGGCUCCUGGAGUCUGGAUUCGACCCCAAUACCCGGGACUGCCGCGGACGCACCGGAUUGCAUCUGGCUGCUGCUCGGGGAAACGUGGAGAUCUGCUCUCUGCUGCAUAAGUUCGGUGCUGAUCUGUUGGCCACUGACUCGCAGGGCAACACAGCACUGCACAUGUGUGGGCAUGUUGACACCAUCCAGUUCCUGGUGUCCAACGGCCUCAAGAUUGACAUCUGUAAUCACAAUGGAGCUACUCCGCUGGUGCUGGCCAAGAGACGCGGUGUGAAUAAGGACGCGCUCCGUCUCCUGGAGGGACUGGAGGAACAGGAAGUGAAGGGCUUCAACCGCAGCUCCCAUUCCAGUCUGGAGAAGAUGCACAUGGCUGAGAAUGAAAGUGCCAUGGAGAGCCACUCUCUUCUCAACCCACACCUGCAUCACAGCGAUGGCGUGUUGUCCAGCUUCCGCACUACAUGGCAGGAGUUUGUGGAAGAUCUUGGCUUCUGGCGAGUGCUCUUGCUGCUCCUCGUCAUUGCUCUGCUCUCACUCUGCAUAGCGUAUUAUGUCAGCGGAGUCUUACCUUUCGCAUCUAAUCAGCUGGAGCUCGUGCACUAAUAUAAUAAUAUGAAAGCUCAAUAAAAAAUGCAUUAGCUGAUGAUUGUUCUUACAGUUCAUGAUUGUGUGUAACCACGCUUUCAAUUGUAACCAUACAUUCUGUGACUCAAUUUAAAAAUAUUUUUGUGUAUAUUAAUGUAAAUAGACUUAAAAAUGUUUUUCAUCUUGCUUGUGUGUUUGGAAGGAUCUUUUUAUUGCCUAUCCUUCACUCACUCAUGUUAUCAUUACUCGUGUACCAGCCCACAUAACCGCCUUUUUUAUUUUAUGUAAAUUAUUGGAUUUACACAUUAAAGUCUUGUGAUUGCAAAAAGGUGUUUUAUAUGAAGUUUAACCCUUGCACUUUAACAAUGGUGUAUGUGAAGUGGUUUAGGCUCAUUCCUACAGUUGAAAAAAUACUGCCAAUUUUACAUACAAUGUUAAUCACAUAAGAUGAUUUUAUGAUCCAUCUUUUCAAACUGAGGACAAUUGAGGGACUCGUACAAAGGUCAAAACAUUUACUGAUGCUCAGGAAGGAAACACGAUGCAUUAAGAGCAAAAGUAAAUUUUGAACAGGAUGAUGAUGUGUAAAUUUUUCUUAUUUUGGCUAAAGAUCUUUUUUUUUUUUCAUUUAGUACUGCACUUCAGAAGUAUUACUAAAUGUUUUGACCUUUUGUAAUUGUUAGGUAUGAUUCCCUUAAUUGUCCUCAGUUUAAAAAAAGAUGGAUUCAGUUAUUGUUUGUCUUGUAGAGUAUAUAAACACAUAUUAUGUGAAUUACCUUGUUCAAAAUAAAAUGCAAUUUUCAUGA